AUGAAUAAAAAAAUUAACUCGAAUAUGGAAUUCUUUAUAUAGUUUAACUAAAAAAAUCCUGUGUAAUUCAAACAAAAAAUCAUUGCCUAAGUCCCAUAAGUUUUAGAACAAGAAAAUUAUCAUUAUGGAUUAGAAAGUAUUUAUGAAUAAAAUAAUAUUUAGGUUAACAAAAAUUAUGGGAAGAGUAAAUGUUGUAAAAUUUACAUAUUCCUGAAGAUUAAUUAAAGACAAAUUAGGAUAUAUGUGAAUUUAUGUAUCAUUAAUUAUAAUAGCCAUAACAAUCAAAAUUUAAAGUAUAAAGAUUUAUUAUCAAAAAGGAUACCAAAAAAAAUGUUUCCUAUACUGAAUUAAAUGAGCAUAUAGAAAAUAUAUUAUUUUUAAAAUUUGUUGAAUCUUUUAGUCCAUAGAUUAAUUGUGAUAAUUAAUAAGAAUAACCAUAAUAGUCAUAAAACAAUUAAUAGAUCAUAUAAAUGAAUAAAAAAAAUGUACCAACUGAUUAAAUAUAUGAAAAUUCUCCUUAAAGUUAAGACUGA